AUGCAAUACGUCGGAAGAGCAAUAGGUACGGUAUCGAAGACAUGGUCUUCGAUCAAUCCGGCGACUUUGUCCGGAGCAAUUGACGUGGUUGUAGUGGAACAUCCGGAUGGUCGCCUAGCUUGCUCGCCCUUCCACGUAAGAUUUGGCAAGUUCCAAAUCCUAAAGCCAUCGCAAAAGAAAGUGUUAGUAUCGGUUAAUGGGCAGCCAACCAAUAUCCCCAUGAAACUGGGAGAUUCGGGGGAAGCAUACUUUGUUUUCGAGACCGAAGCAGACCGCGGCACAAUCCCCGAUGAGCUUAUAUCUUCUCCUGUUGCCAGUGCGACCAGCAGUCCUUCAGCAUCUCCUAAUGACGUGCAAACCAAUGCUACGGACCUAGAGGAACCUGAUUUUUUGGACAUAGGAAAACCUGCUCAUAUGGGACAGCACGUUCCACCGUCUACUCCUCCGCCAAGAAGGCCCUCGAUAUUCGAAGAAAGAGCCCGGAAACUGAAUGAAAGACUACAUCAAAAGCAAAUCCCAAGCAAAUUUGACAACAACGGCGAUCUGCUGCUGGAUAUCGAGGGGUACAAACCCAGCAAAGAUAAAGUUCACGACACAGACGCUAUGCUAAAGCAACUGCUAAGGGAUGAAUUAGGUACACAGUUUGACAUCUCAUCACUGGUAAAGGAAGAUAGGAACGGUAAUAUGCGUAUCAUCAAUCCCGGAGACGAUAGCCAUUUUCAAUCGCCGCCCGGAUCUCCUCAAGCUUUAGUGAGCUAUGAACCAGACAUAGCCAGUCCGUGCCUCUCAGAGUCUUCUACUCAGACGGAUAUCACCACCACCACUGACUUUACACCCAUGGCUUCAGCUAAUAUUAAUUCUGCUGCGACUGCCAAGAAUUUCAUCAAGACUAUUAGACUGACGUCAGAACAAUUACACUGCCUAGAUCUCAGGUAUGGUGAAAAUGAACUAUCUUUCUCGGUGGAUAAUAGCCGAGCCAUCAUUACAGCAAAACUCUUUCUUUGGAGGUGGGACGUUCCGCUAGUGAUUUCGGACAUUGACGGAACAAUAACAAAGUCUGAUGCCUUGGGCCAUGUGUUCACCAUGAUAGGGAGAGACUGGACACACCUCGGUGUCGCUGAACUUUUUACAGAAAUCAAGAAGAAUGGUUACAAUGUUGUUUAUCUAACUGCGAGGAGUGCAGGCCAGGCAGAUUCGACCAGAAGCUACCUCAACAGUAUCGUCCAAGAUGGCUGCAAACUGCCGCGUGGACCUGUCAUCUUGUCACCGGAUCGAACUAUGGCCGCGCUAAGAAGAGAAGUUAUCUUAAAAAAGCCGGAAGUUUUCAAAAUUGCCUGCUUGAAUGACCUAAGAAAGCUCUACUAUGGCGAUUGUGAGAUCAAUAGAGCAGACGAUGAAGAAAGAAGAGACGACUGCCCGACCCCAUUCGUAGCAGGAUUUGGUAACCGCAUAACUGACGCGCUUGCGUACCGUACAGUUGGCAUACCAAGCUCUAGAAUUUUUACGAUUAAUCCUGAUGGGGAAGUCCAUAUGGAGUUAUUGGAACUUGCUGGGUACCGGAGCUCCUAUAUCCACAUUAACGAGUUGGUUGAUCACUUUUUCCCACCUGUGGGUAUCAACUAUCCCAACGGCGGUGACGAUCACAAAAGCUUGUCGCCCGCACCAGGUUCCCCUGUAGGAGCUGCAAUGGACGAAAGGUCUUUCCACAGACCAAAUACCGUGCAGUUUACAGAUGUUAAUUUUUGGCGGGAACCAGUUCUAAAUGUCGAAGACCUUUCCGACCUAGACACCGUUGCCUCGGAUGAAGAUGUUAAUCUUAAACAAAAGGCGACUUUUGGCGAUUUUGGUUUUAAUGCUGUGGGUUCCAAGGGUACAAGUCAUGACAUCAAUUCUGCGAAGCCUAACACCACUUCGACAUCAAAAUCUCAACCUAGCAGUUCAAAAGAUGUGGGCCGCCAAAUAUACUUAGAGCUUGGUUCACCGCUGGCAUCUCCAAGGCUAAGCCAUAUGGACGAUACUCGUAGCCUUGACCGUCAUUUUCAAGCUUUGAAUAUUUCUACGCUCAGUAAACCCAGUACACAAGUCUCUGCACUGUCGGUUUUGCAUGACGGUCGCUCAGCGGACGAUGCCCCCGAAUCGAAGGUGACCAGUACACUCACUCCAUCGGGACAAAUGGAAACUACUGAUGAUGAGUUCGAUGAAGACGAAUUCGAAGAUGACGAUGAUGAAGGUGAUGACGAGGAAGAGGACGAAGACGAAGAGGAUGACGAUUAUCAACAAUUUGAUCUUGAUGAGCCUGGCGACAGCGGGGGAGGGGGCGAGAUCACAAAGAAUCAAGAUGAAAGUAAUUAUAAAAGUAACGGUGAAGAAGGAGCCGAAGACUAUAAUUUUGGUGGAGGCUCAAAGGCUCUAAAGUUUUCUAACGAAAGUGGUAAAAUAGUAGAGAAGGGCGUGGACGAUUUUCUUAAUCCAACUUUGGCCCAUGAGCAGAACAGUACGCCAACCUGA